GCAAAUUUCCACCGGGGAGGGAGAGUGGCUGGAUGCGGAGAGUUUGGAGUUGCUUGCCGCGGAGGGCAGGAAAGGGAGCAGGGCCGGGAAAGGGGGCUGGCGGGCGCUAUAUCUGGGAGUAAGUUUCCAGGAUCAGGAGAGCCUGCACGCUUGCACGCUACUCUGCUCGCCCCCCAUCUCACCCCCCAAGCGGAGUCUGGUCUUGUCGGAUUGCCCAUGCACUUGUUGCAGAAACAGCCAAGGCCCUGGCUCUCUCGGAUGCUGAAGGAGGAAGACAUGGAAGCAGGACGACCCUGAACAAUUAAGCCUCUUAAUCCUGAAACAGAACCGGGCCUCCCCUUCCCACCUGCCCAGAAGCAUGAGAGCAGCAUGACUGGCCAGCUGCAGGAGAAGCCCCCAGAGCCAGGCCCCCAACUCAACCAUCUGCUGCGGAGGUCAAGGCGUGCGCGGCAUCUCUGCACCCCGGCAGUGUUCGGUCCGUACCUUGGCCCGCGUGACCAUGUCAAGCCCCCCGCUCUGCACAUGAGUGGUACAGACCAACAGGAACAUCUGGCUGCAGCCACGUUCACAGACAUGUCAGCCGUGGAAUAGUGUGGACACCUUCUCUCAUCUUCUCAGGGUUUCAGUCCUUUUGGGUUUGUUUCAUUGACCUUUUUUUUUUUUUAUGGUUUUGUGGCUGGACGUUCCCGGCCAAGGCAGGCGCCAUGGGGGAUCAGCAACUCUACAAGACCAAUCACGUGGCCCACAGUGGUGAGAACCUUUUUUACCAACAGACCCCACUUGGCAUCCAUGGCGGGCUGAACCACAACUAUGGGAAUACAGUCACAGGGGCUGGAAUGGAGGCCCCUCAGGCAUCACCCAUCUCCCCCCACUUCCCUCAAGACACUCGGGAUGGUCUAGGCUUGCCUGUUGGCUCCAAAAACCUGGGCCAAGUGGAUACCUCGAGGCAGGGAGGGUGGGCAGCUCACACCGGGCCUGGAAACCAUGUCCAGCUACGCGGCAACCUGACCAACUCAAACAUGAUGUGGGGGACCCCAGCCCAGCCUGAGCCCACCGAUGGCUACCAAUAUACCUACUCCCAGGCCAGCGAGAUCCGGACCCAGAAACUCACCAGCGGUGUCCUGCACAAGCUAGACUCCUUCACCCAGGUGUUCGCCAACCAAAACCUGCGAAUUCAGGUCAACAAUAUGGCCCAGGUGCUGCACACCCAGUCGGCAGUGAUGGAUGGGGCCCCUGACAGUGCCCUCCGCCAGUUGCUGUCCCAGAAGCCCAUGGAGCCCCCAGCGCCGGCUCUUCCUGCUCGCUACCAGCAGGUGCCCCAGCAGGCUCACCCUGGUUUCCCCGGCGGGCUGUCCAAGCCAGCCCUGCAGGUAGGGCCACACGCCAGCCAGGGGCACCUGUAUUACGACUACCAGCAGCCGCUGGCUCAGGUGCCAGUGCAGGGAGGACAGCACAUGCAGCAGAUGCAGCAGCACCCGUAUUACGCGGCGGCGCCGCCGCAGGCUGGGCAGCAGCACGUGCCCCUGCAGGACCUGCCGCAGCAGCCGCCGCCGCUGCCGCAGCCCCGCCCGCCGCAGCCUCAGCAGCCCCAGCAGCAGCUGCAGCAGCGGCAGGGUCCGAUGCAGAUACCUCAGUAUUACCAGCCCCAACCCGCGAUGCAGCACUUGCAAGAGCCGCCUCAGCCACAGCAGCAGCAGAUGCACCUGCAGCCCCCCUCUUAUCACAGGGACCCCCACCAGUACGGCCCGGAGCAGGCGCACGCUGUCCAGCUGAUCCAGCUGGGCUCCGUGCCCCAGUACUACUACCAGGAGCCCCAGCAGCCCUACGGCCACCACCUCUGCCAGCAGAGCCACCUGCCCCAGCACCAGCAGCGCGAGGACAGUCAGCCCAAGACCUACCCGAGCGACAGGCAGGCCCAGGCCAUGCUGAGCUCCCACGGCGACCUGGGGCCUCCCGCUGCAGGAAUGGGAGACCCAGCAAGCUCGGACCUGAACCGGCUCGGCGGGGCCCUCCCGCACCGGCCGCUCCUGUCCCCCGGGGGGAUCCACCUCAACAGCGUGGGGCCUCAGCACCAGCAGCUGUCUCCCAGUGCCCUGUGGCCCCAGAUGCACCUACCUGAUGGCAGAGCCCAGCCAGGGUCCCCCGAGUCAAGUGGCCAACCAAAAGGAGUGUUUGGGGAGCAAUUUGAUGCCAAGAACAAACUGACGUGCUCCAUCUGCCUGAAGGAAUUCAAGAGCCUACCUGCCCUGAAUGGCCACAUGCGGUCCCACGGGGGAAUGAGAGCCUCCCCCAGCCUCAAACAGGAGGAAGGAGAGAAGGCCCUGCCGCCUCAGCCUCAGCCCCAGCCUCCACUACCACCUCCGCCGCCACCGCAGCUCCCUCCCGAGGCAGAAAGCCUCACGCCUAUGGUCAUGCCCGUGUCUGUCCCUGUCAAGCUUCUCCCGCCCAAGCCAGGCUCUCAGGGCUUCGCCAGCAGCAUCGUUGCCGCCCCCUCCGCCAGAGACAAGCCAGCCAGCUCGAUGUCGGACGACGAGAUGCCCGUGCUCGAAAUCCCCAAGAAGCAUCAGCCCGUUGCGGCCAGAGCCGAGGAAGCCCUCAAGAGCUUGCCGGAGAAGAAGAAGUUCCGGCACCGGCCCGAGCCGCUCUUCAUCCCGCCACCGCCCUCCUACCCCGCCAACCCCGCCGCCUCGUACUCGGGCGCCACCCUGUACCAGAGCCAGCUGCGCUCCCCGCGCGUCCUCGGGGACCACCUGCUGCUGGACCCCGCCCACGAGCUGCCCCCCUACACGCCCCCGCCCAUGCUGAGCCCGGUGCGCCAGGGCUCGGGGCUCUUCAGCAACGUCCUCAUCGCGGGGCACGGCCCCGGCGCCCACCCGCAGCUGCCCCUCACGCCCCUGACGCCCACGCCGCGGGUGCUGCUGUGCCGCUCCAACAGCAUUGAUGGCAGCAACGUGACAGUCACCCCAGGGCCUGGAGAGCAGACCAUUGAUGUUGAACCACGUAUCAACAUUGGCUUGAGGUUCCAAGCAGAGAUCCCAGAACUUCAGGAUGUCUCUGCCUUGGCCCAGGACACACACAAGGCCACACUGGUAUGGAAGCCCUGGCCAGAGCUGGAAAACCAUGACCUCCAGCAAAGAGUGGAGAAUCUCCUGAAUUUGUGCUGUUCAAGUGCGUUGCCCGGUGGAGGGACCAAUUCUGAAUUUGCUUUGCACUCUCUUUUCGAGGCCAAAGGUGAUGUGAUGGCCGCUCUGGAAAUGCUGCUGCUGCGGAAGCCGGUCAGGUUAAAAUGCCAUCCUUUAGCAAAUUACCACUAUGCCGGUUCGGACAAGUGGACCUCCCUAGAAAGAAAACUGUUUAAUAAAGCACUAGCCACUUACAGCAAAGACUUUAUUUUUGUACAGAAGAUGGUGAAGUCUAAGACAGUGGCUCAAUGUGUGGAGUACUACUACACGUGGAAAAAGAUAAUGCGCUUGGGGCGGAAACACCGGACACGCCUCGCAGAAAUCGAUGAUUCUGUGACGAGUGAAGAAGAAGAAGAGUUAGAGGAGGAGGAGGAGGACCCAGAAGAAGAUAGGAAAUCCACGAGAGAAGAGGAGAGUGAAGUGCCCAAGUCUCCCGAGCCGCCGCCAGGCCCCGUGCUGGCUCCCGCGGAGGGGCCGCCCCUGCAGGCCCUCGGCCAGCCCUCCGGCUCCUUCAUCUGUGAGAUGCCCAACUGCGGGGCUGUGUUCAGCUCCCGACAGGCACUGAACGGCCAUGCCCGCAUCCACGGUGGCACCAACCAGGUGACCAAAGCCCGGGGGGCCACCCCCUGUGGGAAGCAGAAGCCGGGCAGCACCCAAAGCGGGUACUGCUCGGUGAAGAGCUCCCCCUCUCAUAGCACCACCAGCAGCGAGACAGACCCCACCACCAUCUUCCCCUGCAAGGAGUGCGGCAAAGUCUUCUUCAAGAUCAAAAGCCGAAAUGCACACAUGAAAACACACAGGCAGCAGGAGGAACAGCAGAGGCAAAAGGCUCAGAAGGCAGCUUUUGCCGCCGAAAUGGCCGCCACUAUCGAGAGGACCGCGGGGGCGCCGGGGCUGCUGCCCCUGGACCAGCUGAGCCUGAUCAAACCCAUCAAGGACGUGGACCUCCUCGAUGGCGACGUGGUCCAGCAGUUGGGAGGCGUCAUGGAAGAGGCCGAGGUCGUGGACACGGAUCUCCUCUUGGAUGACCAAGAUUCGGUUUUGCUUCAGGCGGACGCGGAACUAUAAAGCCCCGCUUGUCACGCAGAGACAGCCAGCAUCCACGGCCUCCGUCUUCGUUCAUCAGGAAACCCGGACUCCCUGCUCGCUUUGUAACCGUUUUAAACUACCUGUUUAAAAAAGUGGUCAUUUCAUUCAGGUUUAGGAAAAAAAAAAAUUUUUUUUUUCAGUUUGUUUUCCUUUUAUUUAAAAAAAAAAAAUCAAUGUUUCUGUGGGAGGUUGGAGGGAAUAAAUAAUUGGCACAACUCUAUUUAAGAGGUGUUUCAUCUGGGCUACAUUCCUACGAACUCAUUCCUGGCAGGGAAUAAACCUGACCUUCAAUGUUCUUUUGCUUUCAGAUGUCAACCAUCCUUGCUGCCUUUGAUCCCAAAGCUUGCCGUGAGUGUGUGGAUGCGUGUGCGUGUGUGAAGCAGGCUACCCUCUUCGUGUUGGGGCCUUGGGCCGUCCUUUCCCACUAAGAGUUAUUUUUGUUCUGUUCUGACCUCAUUCUGUAGUUUGCAGUGAACCCGGAGUCUCUGCCAGGAGAUUCUGUGCAAAGGGGUAACUUUCCAGUGAGCAAAGCAAGCCCUCAUGCGACACGGCUUUCCUCUAGCACAUAGACCAUUUGGAAAGUUGACCAAAUGUGAAAAUACGUUUUCUCCCUGCCUCGCCUCUCACCGUUGGCCUGUUUCCAGGAGUACUGUACAAUUUCAGGCUUUCACUCCAAGGCCGAGCUUUACCGAGGACCUGGUUCCUAGAGCAAGUGCGUCCUCUUGCCUGCUCCCCAGGGAACUAGUUGGUUCCGAUUCGUGGAUUGGCAGAGUCAUGUCCCGGCUUGAGCCGUCUAGAGGAAAAUAACCCCAACCAGGAAGUUGCCAGGGCUGUUUAGGGAGAGUGGUUGAGGGGCACACGUUCUGGAACACCAAGAAGUGUUCUUUUGCCCAAAAACUACAGAUUGGAAGAGCCCCUUCUUUUUUGCAACACUGUUAAUGGUCCGUGGAGUUCUGGAAUUACUUUGUGCCACUCGGAAGUACUGUGAAACCUCAUUCGCUGGGAUUUUGCUGUCAUUCACCUUUGCUGGACUGUUUCCUAACCAAUUUAAUAGCAAAUACAAGUGAAAUAGCAUUAAAGACCAACAAUAAUGGUUUCAGAUACCACGUUAGCUACCAAUAUUUGCAUUCAAACAAGGAAUGUAUUCAUUCAAGUCAUUUACCAAAGCACUUCUAGAAUUCCCCAAGUCACAGAACUCUGCUCUGCUUCCUCCUGUCCCUGUAGCAGGGUUGCUGUUUGUACUUGAAGGUAAUAAGCCUGUAAUCCUUCAAAAAUGGCAUUUAGCUCAGGCUUUUGAGCUGAGUCAGACUGCCCCUCCCCCGUUGGGGCAAAUGAGCACGUGUCUUCAGCCUGGGACGCAGCCCAGCAGAGAGGACCGCCCCUGGCGGCCUCCCCUCGAGCAUUAAUGCGGCCUGCGGCCUGACUCCCGGAAGGAGGGCUUUCAGGCCUUGCCCCACCCCAGGUAGGCUGGUUCCCCCAGCUUGUGUAGGUGUGGCCCAUCGUGCCAGGCUACUUUGCUGGCACAUUAAUUAAGAGCUUGACAUUAGAGAGAAUGUCAGCAGAAGUAUGAGGACAGGACCUGAGCAUCUUCUAAGUUUGACUCUGGCAGAAGCAUUUUGGCACACGCUUGGCGGCCCACCGCGGCCCCGCCUAGGCAGUGUUCUCUGAAUCUCAGGAAAGCCACGGACGGAAGAUAAAUAUAAAGGUUCUUUCCGUUUCCAUCAUUCUGUUUUCAGAAAAAAAAGGUCUUGGCAGUUUCAUUCAUCCUUUCUUAUAAGGCAAAAAGAAAGGUUUUGUUGCUGCCAUUUUAGACAGGUUAUUCUCUCGUCUGUUUCGAGUUAGAACUGCCUAGGCAGUUUGCAUCAACUUUGUGGCAAAAUUGUUCCAGAACCAUUCCGUAAGAUCAGCUGAUUUGAUUGCGUCUGUCCCGGUGACUGCUUCCCCCUGCGUGUGCCGGCGUCUGAGAGUGAUUCUGGAAUGGUUCCGCUAUCGGGUCUUUGAAAGCUUAUCUAUCAAAGGAGCAAACACCCAGAAACAUGUUUAUAAAGCAAAUGUACUUGCUGUGUUUGGAGAUUUGCCCAGCCGUUCCAGUUUCAAACAUUAAAAAUAAACUGAGUUGCCAAGGCAAAAAAUGCAAUGCACAAUUUAAUUUUGAUUUUUCAUGCAGUAUAAUGUAAGCAUCUUUGACUUGAAAUAACCAAAGAACUCCUUAACGAGACAGUUCAAAUUCCUGAAGAAGUAUUUCUUGACAAUAUCAACUUAAAAUAUUGACUUCAUGGUAAAAUAUUGCACUUAUUUUCCUUCUGCAAUGAUUCUGCCUGCAUGUAUGUGUUCUGUUUUUGCUUCUCACCCUCCCUGCCCCAAAGAACUUCUCUUCCUAAAGAUUAAUGUCUUCAACACCGUUACUGUUUACUAUCAGAUGGUUUUUCAUUAGUGAAUUUAGACCUCUUUGAGAAAGCUUGUAUAUAAAAAGUUAACAGAUAUAUUUUAUGGAAAAACCCAUCUUAUUUUCAAAUAUAUUUAACUGCUGUUAUAUUUUAUUAGAGGAAGGUUGUAAAUAUUUUCUAGGAGUUCUAUUGUAAAGAAAAGUAUUUUUGAAAAAAAACUAAUGUAAUAAAAACGAAAACAUUUUUAAAUAGUGUUGUGAUUGCUUCCUGUUCUGGCUUCGUUAUGUUCUAUUCUCAGCAAAUGACUUGCAUGCCUUCCCAUUUCAGGAUGUAAUUUAUUCAGGUUUGCACUAUUAUAAGUUGACAUCAUAAUAUUUAGUGUACUUAACUGUAUUUUCCCCGGAAUGCAGGUCCCUUGGUCCGUAUCCAAAGCACUAUGUAUUAGCAUCUUCAUAAUUUUUUCUUUUGUAACGUGUGUAUUUUUAAUAAGGAUUUUAUGUAACAUUUUGGCAAAAAGAGGGCAGUAUUUUCUAGUGAAUUUUAUAAUACAUUUUGCUAAAAAUGUUUCUUCCUAGGUCAGUUUUUGUUAAGGUGAACCAAAAGUCUUAUUUUACCAGGGGCUUAAAAAAAAAAAAGUUUGAAGCUUGAAAGCAAAGUUAUAUUUAAACAUCAUAUGUAACAAACAAAUAAAGAUGUUUUAUAGACUUGUCCUAAAAAGGUGCAUUCCUUCAAAACAAAACUGAGGCAUUCUAGGUUGGUUUUUUCCCCCAGAGUGAAAAGCUUUUUUUUUUUAAGUUCUCACAAUCCUUUUUUCAGAAAGAGAGCCAGAAGAAUUUUACUUAAAAGGUUCCAGUCAUUAACCUUCUCAGAAAUUUAUUACAGUUCCUAUAGAUAGGCAUUCAUCAAACAGAGUUGUAACCAAAUAGACACUGUCCUAUUUAUUUGUGAAAACCUGAUUCGAUACUGCAUCAGCUGCUCUGAAAAUAAAAUGUUAUCUUUUUGAGUUUCA